GAUAUGAAAGCGAUUGGUGGUACAAUACCAGGUAAGAAGGCGAAGAAGAUCAUUGAGGCGGAGUCUUCUAAGGGUUUUAAGGUGGAGGCAAAGUACACUUGCAAGGGGUAUCCACCAGCCUUGCAAUAUUGGGCGUACGAGACGAUUCUUGAUUUACAGAAGGAACACGCCAAGCCCUGUGGAUUCAAGUUCCCUAGGAUGCUACAGUGGGAGAGCAUAGGCCAGCUGAAGCAUUUGCAUUUGAAGGAUGUACUUGCGAGGAGACAUUUGUCAUGCAUUUCUAUCCUAAGGCCUCGACCAAAUGAGCGAGACUUCUUUGAUGCCGUAUAUCAGAGGACAGAGGGGGAUGCUCCUAGGUAUGCGAUGCUGCAGAAUAUGAUCCAGCCUGCACCAGAGGAUGGAAGACCUUACGAUCCUAAGGCAGAGGCUGUUGCGGUGGCUGAGAUAGCCGUUGAGGCUGGCAUAUUUGUGGAGGAUGCCCCGACAGAGUCUGCUCCAGAUACUAGUACAGAACCUACUUCUGCUCCUGCUCCUGCUCCUGGGGCUUAUGAGGAGGUGUUGGGUGAGAUAGCCAGACUAUCAGGUGCAGUGGACGAUGUUAAGGCCACUCUAGGUAUCGUCCUUAAAAAUCAAGAAGUCAUAUUAGAGAAGCUGGCAACACUAGGUAGUAUACCUACUCCUGCACCUACUCCUGCACAUACUCAUGCACCCACUCCAACAGAUGAUGUAGAGUACGAAAUUCUCCCCUCAUGUUACGAGCCUUCUGUUGGAGAAGCCACACCUUCUCAGCCAGUGCAGACGGUCUUAGGUAAGCGUACUAGACAGAGACCAGUAAGGUACGAGGACUAUACUCCAGCAGCCAAGAAACCAAAGUUCAAGGACCCAGUUACGAUCCUUCCUUUAAAGGUGUUGGAUCAAGAUAUGUUGACAACUUUUAACCGAUGGGUACUCGAUGAGAUUGAUAACAGCAGACCAAGGAAGUUGGAAUGUUGUGAUGGGACCCCUGUUUGGUUCUUGAAGUUGAAGGUGGCAAAAGAAUGGUUGGCAGAAACUCAUCUCGACGCUGCGAAUUAUCUUAUACGGAGACGUCUUUUUGAGUUGCCGAAGACGUACCCCGUGAAAGCCACCGUACUUGAUUCAUCAUUUGCACAAUAUAUUCCUGCCAGAUAUGAGGAAUUCAAGAAAAAUGGCAGGACUUACCAAUGGGACUCGGACAUUCUUGAUUUCCUGAAAAGAGAUGCCAAAAAGUACAAGAAGCCUUGGGGUGAUUGCAACGAGGUCUACUUCCACUGGUGCAUGGAAAAUCGGCACUGGGUCCUUUGCGAAAUAAAUUUCGCUGAUUGGAUGAUCACUGUAUUUGACUCAGAUCAUUCUAACUUUAGCCAUAAUAAGUUGUCUGAGUUGAUGGAGCCUUGGACUAGGAUGCUUCCAUCUUUACUCAACGCUUCUGGUAUGUUUAAAGGACACCCCAAGUUAAAAAUAGCUAGACCGAAGAUCACCGUUCCAAACUUUGAUUGGCGGCGCAUGUCCACUGAUAUUGUCCCACAGUCUAGAACCAGCGGAGAUUGCGGUGUAUUCGCCAUCAAACACUUGGAGUUCAUUCUUGGAGACAUUCCCUUAUCAUAUGCCAUCGAGGACAACAUUUAG